GAAUAAAAAAUAGUUUAAAAAAACUAAAAAACACGCUUUUAUUGCUAAUCGAACUAAAAAGUAGAUAAUAAAUUUUAAUGACAAAGAGACCUAUAAUGAAGUAAUAGCAAAUCGAACGAUCAGUCAUAGUCAACUAAAGCGUUUUUCAGUAAGAGAGCUUCAACUUUUUUUUUGAAUAAAACACAAACGGUUUGACUUUUUUAACUAAUUUUUUUUUUAUUAUCGAGUUUGAACACAUACAUUUUAGUAUGAAAUUCGAUUUCUUUUGCAUGACCACCGCGUGCACGUUUUACGAAGCCCAAUCGUUGAACCCACCAACCCACCAAUCGACCACUCUUUUGCAUAAAUCGGCCGAAAUUCCAGCAAUUUCGCGUUCAAUAUUGGCUCUGAGCUGACAAAUCGUCGCCGGCUUGUGACUGUAGACCAAUGACUUCACAUAACCCCAAAGAAAAUAGUCUAGAGGCGUCAAAUCACACGAGCGCGGUGGCCAUUCGACCGGUCUAUUUCUGGAAAUAAUGCGCUCAUCGAACUUACUCUUCAACAAAUCAAUUGUAGCGUGUGCUGUGUGGCUUGUGGCCCCGUCCUGUUGAAACCACAUGUCGUCUAAGUCCAUACCAUUCAACUGCGGCCAAAAAUAAUCGUUUAUCAUGUCGCGGUAUCGAUUUCCAUUCACAGUAACGUGGCGAUCGUUCUCGUCAACGAAAAAAUAUGGGCCAACUACGCCGCCGGCAUGUAAACCGCACCAAACAAUGAUUUUUUCGGGAUGCAACGGUGCCUCAUGAAUCACGUGUGGAUUGCUUUCUGCCCAGUAACGCAUAUUUUGCUUGUUGACAAAGCCAUUGAGCCAAAAGUGAGCUUCAUCACUGAAGAUGAUUUUUUGGCCGUAAUGCUCUUAAAGUAGCAGCAACAGAACGAUUAUUUUCAUAAAAAAUUUGCACGAUUUGCAAUCGUUGCUCAAGUGUGUAGCGUUCCAUGAUGAAAUGUAUACUAAUGAAGUUUACAAACGACAAGCGAAAAAUAAAAAAUAUUCCGUCGUUCGCCCUCCCUAUUGGAAAAAAGUUGAAGCGCACCUAUUGAAAAACGCUUUACCUCAGAACAGAAUUAUAACAAAAAUUAAGAUACAAAUAGAGUAAUUCUAAUUAGAGUUAAAAGCGUGGGAUGCUUGAUAUAGUAAAUAUUACAAUCAUUCUAUUGGCAACUACCUAUGUACAGAAGGUUAUGAAAGUGAAGCAAAAUACAUCCCACGCUUUUAACUCUAAUUUGAACUCUAUUUGUAUCUUAAUUUUUGUUAUAAUUCUGUUCUGAGGUAGUUGACUAUGACUGAUCGUUCGAUUUGCUAUUACUUCAUUAUAGGUCUCUUUGUCAUUAAAAUUUAUUAUCUACUUUUUAGUUCGAUUAGCAAUAAAAGCGUGUUUUUUAUUUUUUUUUAACUAUUUUUUAUUUUCUACUUUUUAGUUCGAUUAGCAAAAAAGCGAGUUUUUUAGUUUCUUUAAACUAUUUUUUUUUAUUAUGAAUGAAAAUUAUUCUUAUCAUUGCAGUCAGUGAAUAAAUGAUUCGAUAUAUUCGUGUUAUAUUAUAUUUAAUUCCUUUCUUAUCGACUGUGAGUCUAAAGCUAUGCAGUUAUCGGCCGUGAUAAAGAAGUAAUCGGGAUGAAGAACUUAUUUCGUGGAGGGAGCCUGAGAAACUGAUUUACAAGAAUAAUAAAGAUUUUUCAUUUUACAACCAAGUUCACCUUACUUCUUGCCCACAGUAAAAAAAAGAAAAUAUUAAUCCUGGCAGUCCUAAUAAGGAUAAUGGAAAACUUUUAUCAAACUAUUGCAUUGUCAUCGCUCCCUGAUAGGUGUGCAAAAUUUCAAGUCGAUCAGAUUUUUAGAAGCCAGUGAAAAUUAAGCUCAAAGAUUCUGUUACAUACGCACAUACAUACAUACAUACAUACAUACAUACAUACAUACAUACAACCCGACCUAAUACAAGUGUGUUAAAAACACUGCGUUCUUCAGAGUUGCCCAAAAUGGAGAGAGUUCUUUAUCGGUGGUUUAUCCGAAUGCGAGGCAAAAACUCGUCAGUAAGUGCUCUAAUGUUGAAAGAAAAGGCAAAAACACUGCAUGCAAAAUUAAAAGAAAAUGAAGCAAACUUCUUCGCUAGUGAUGGAUGGUUCCAAGGAAUCAAGAAGAGGUACGGUAUUCGUCUUCUUAAAAUAUUAGGCGAAAACUGUUUUCGCAACCUCAGCUAGUGGAUCCGUUUAAAGAAAAACUUAAAGCUAAAAUGGCUGAAUUGGAGUUGUGUAACGAUCAGUUAUAUAAUGCUGAUGAGUUGGGGUUAAUCUGGAGACUUUUUCCAGAGAAAACGUACGCGUCAAGUUUGGAGAAGAGAACCCCAGGGGUAAAGUUCGAGAAGCAGCGAAUCACGUUUUUAUGCUGUUCAAACGCCACUGGAUCCCACAAGCUUAAGAUUUUGGUAAUUGGAAAGGCGAAGAAUCCACGCUGCUUUAGAAACUUUCAGUGUCUCACCGACUAUAAGAGCUCGAAAUCCGCCUGGAUGACGUCGGCUAUUUCCAAGCAAUGGUUUCAAGAGUCAUUUGUUCCACAGGUAAGUAUUCCUUUUAAGUUUUGUUCGAUUUUUAAGGUUAACUGGUUGUUUUUUAAGGGAACAUCGUUUUUAAAGGAGAAAGCCUUACCAAUUAAAGCUCUCCUCCUAAUCGACAACGCUCCUUCUCACCCAAAUGGAGCUGAACUGAUAACGGAGAAUGGGCAAAUUUCGGCAAUGUUUAUGCCACAAAACGUUACUCCCCUCAUUCAACCGAUGGAUCAGAAUGCAAUAAAAAUCACUAAGUUGCAUUACAGAAACAGCCUUCUAGCUUCAAUAGCAGCGACAAAGUCUGAUUUGCUCGAGUCGAUUUUAAUAGAAAAAUGGGAAGCUGAACUUCGCACCUUGAUGAGCAACACCAUUGAAUUCACGUUACCAGCCAUUCCUGAAUGGAAUGAAGAUAUCGAGGAGGGCAAUGCAGAUGAUGAUCAUCAACAAGAGGACGAAUCCGAUGAUGACAGCGUAUCAGAGCCACUGGAGAAAAUUAAGCCGACUGAAGCAAUCAAUCGAUCAAAAUCAUACGAGUGUGCUAAGACGGUUAAGGGAGAAAGUUGUGCUUCAAGUUUUAGAAAAACAGAAGAUACAAAAUAAGAUGACUGAUUUUUUUAAAUAAAACCAUCGUAUGACUUAAUUUUGAAAUUAUAUGUAACGAAAACAAGAAUAAAAUGUGAAUUUAAAUGUGAAAAAAUAUAUAUUUACUUAGUAUUUUUGGGCAUUCCAAAACGUGAACACUUUUGUUAACGUGAACUGCCUUGGUUUGAAUUAGCUCACGUUAUCGAACGUGCGCUGUACUUUGCUCUUAGAAAUAUAAGCUCGAACUUAUCAAUGAAAUUGUUUUUGUUGUGCUUUUUAAUAUUUUAAACUGUUCAGCGCGCCUAUGAAUCCAUUUUGUUCUUGUAGUCGCUAGGCUUAGAAUUUUAGUUUUGGAAGCAUACACAUGUAGAGCCAUAAAGUAUGUGCGGUUAUAUGUACAUAUAUACGAAUAUUCAUUGUUCUGCUUAGAAUAGAAACAUCUACGUACCUAUGUAUGUACAUUGUCCCAACAUAUCUAUUCAUAUAUGCACCCAAACAAAUGUAUAUGUAUGUAAACGCAUACGGUUUAGAUGAGUCCUUUUGCAUAUAUAAUAUUAGGGAUAUGUUUGCAUAUGUUUGUCUAUUUGCUGUUGAAUAUUUUAUAUGUACAUAUGUAUGUAGAUAUGCAUAUUAGCCCCUGGUACCGCUCAAGCAUGCAUGUCCAGCAGGCUUAUAUGUGUGCGUGUCGGGUGACACUCGUACUUGCUUCGUGUCACACAUACUUGUUGUCGGCUUUUGCAUAAUGAAAAUCAAAAAUUUUAGAUAUUAGCGUCAAGCACCCGACACGCACACACAUAAGCUGCAGAACAAGCAUGCUUGAGCGUCACCAGGAGCUAUAUGAUCUGCGUUAUGAGGCAGGUCAAGAUUUUUUUCUGCCCACAUAAAUAUGGAUGGUAGAUGUUAUAUAAUUUAAUAAUAAUUUAAAGAGUACAACAUAUUGUUGAAUACUAACCCUUGAUGUAAAUUAAUGGUUUACAAAGUUAAUUUUUUAUGUGGAUAUUUUGAAAUAAUUUUGAUAAUACACUUAGUAUGAACACAAUUUAGUUAAUUAGAUACUUAAAAUUUCACAUUCAUGCAUGCAUAUACUUAGAAUUAAUUUAUUCAUCUCACAAGAAAUAAUCCAUUUGCGCAAGCAAAAUGCCGACGCCAAAUAAGCAUGAAAGAAAAAUGUACAAGUCUGCUGUUAUUUUCUUUUGCCUAGCACCAAAUCAUGGCAUUUUACAUUUCAAUGCAAACGCUAUAUUUAAUUCUGUUGACUACGCUUCGCUAUGUUAACUCUCUUCUGUUAACUUUUCCAAGACCGUGGUGAAAUAAUAAAAAUUUCUUACCCGCGUUUUCUUAGCAUUUGACAUUUAACCUGCUCAUUCGUUCCUGAGUCUUCUCUCUGAAUUUACGUUCUCUGGUACAAGCACUAUAGCUGUGAUUAUGGGAUGCCCACCAUUUAUCAACAUUUACAAUCGAAGUUUGCACCACACUCGUGAGGAAAGUACAUUUGAACAUAUGCUUAUAUCUAUUCCAAUAGAGCGGUCAUUAUGUUAUUAAUAUACUAGCUCUAAUAACAUAACUUUAUUGACAUUAUUCAUACAUAUAAACGCACAUAUGUAUAUGCAUAUAUCGAUGCAUCACAUCAUGCAUAAUAAAUACUUACAUCCAUCAUACUCGUAUCUACAUUAAUACAUAAUUCUCUAAUUUAGUCAGAUUCAGAGGAUCUUCGGCAUAGAAUACGGUACGGUCUCAGCGUGUUAACGGUACUACCGCUAGUAAAUAUGUACGAGUAUGUGAAUACAAGCAAAACCAACACAUAUAUGAUAUGUCCAUUCGAAGCGGUCCUAAAUUCUAUAUUACAAUAUUCUUUUGGGAAAAAAUUCUGGAAAAAAUGUGAAACGUUUACUAAACAGCCUAAAUUCCCUCGGGUCAUAAUUCUUUAUUUUCAAAAUUCUGUGAAGACAAAUUAAUGUAAAAUAACAUUUUGGGUGUUAAAAUGAUAUAUCCAAACUUAUAUUUGCCCAUAAUCCUGUGUGUUUCAAAUUACAAACUAUAUUUUUGAAAAAAUUGUGGCAA